AUGAAAUUUUUCCAAAAUAUUUUUGUAAUUUUAGUUUUGAUCGAAAUGACAUUUGGUGGAGGCUCUUCAUAUUGUGGACAGUUACAAAGUACAUUCAAAGUUCUCUUUCAAGCUGUUCAUGAAAUAAUUGACAUUUCUGAAGCAUCAAGCACUGAUCAAUCACUUGGUAAUAGCUUUGCCUUUAACUUAGACUGCAAACUUAAUGAAUCGAUUGCAUUGGUUGUUUAUGGAACAAGUAGAAUAACUGAAGUAGAUCCUAAUUUUAUCAUGAGUGUUUUAACUAGUGAUAUAGAUCAACUUUUUCAAAGUCCAUUCGACUGUAUUUACGAUGAUUUAAUUGCCGUCCGAAACAUUAUAAACUUUACAAGAUAUGUUGCAAUACCAAGUCUCAAAUCAAUUAUUAUAACAUCAAGUUUGCCAGAUCAUUUUGAUUGUGAUAUGAUUGAUGAAUAUAUCACAGAAAAAUUCGAAUUUUACACAUCAGAAAUUGAAGAAAAAAUCAUGGAUUUUUCUGGUCUAGCAACAUCUUUUGCAAACAUCCACAUGCAUGAUUUAUUCCUGAAUUUUCUUUUCAAUCACCAGAUUUGUGCAAUGAAAUCUCUAGCAUAUGUUGCAGCAGGAUCAGUUAAUGGAAAUGAACAAGAAAUAUUAAAUUAUUUAUCAAACAACGAAAUUUUAUCAUUUCCAUUAAAUUGUACACAAACUAAUAUUGACAAAUAUUCAAAUCGAAUUAUUGCUUCAUAUGAGACUCUUUUCGAUAAAAUUUCAAAUCCACAAAUGUCAAGUUUACCACCAAUUUGUGAAAGUUUGAGUGGAGUUAUUGCUGGUUUAAAAACUACUGUAUUUGGUAUGCUUAGUAGGAUUGAAAAUCAAACAGUUUAUGGUUCAAUUCGUUAUCACGCACUACGCCCUGGGUAUAUUGAGAACGUUCGAUGUAAAGUUGAAAUGAUUUUACAAACAAUAGCUCGAAGGCUUGAGGAUAUUUCAGGGAUACCAUUUAAAGAUAUUUAUAAUAUUUUACAAGGUCAUGAUAUUGUUUUACCAUUAAAUGAGCCACUUAAUUGUAUACAAGAUGAUUUAAUUCAAAUUUCACAUAGAACUGAAUAUGUUGUUGGUGAUUUUAUUGUGUUUCUAGAAUCUCUGGUUUUAUCGCGUCUAGAACUAAUAGAAUCAUGUCAACAGGUAGAACAUAUAAUUGGCAAUUUAACAGAUUCUGUAAACAUCUUCAUUUAUGAAAGCACUGAAGAAUUGAAGCUGGAAAACGAAGACUUUUCAGGAUUAACAAACGGUUAUGAAUACAUAUCAAGCAUAAUGACUCAAGAAUGCGAAAAGAAGAGUUUAUCUAGAAUAUUUUCAUCUGCUCUUAAUGGAGACUAUGAUAUGGUCAUAAAUCUAAUGAAUGAUGGCGAAUCAUUUACUUAUCCAUACAAUUGUGUAACAAACGAAAUCUUAAAUUCAAUAAUAUAUGCUCGGCAACUGUUAUUUGAUGCUGGAUUGUAUUACCUCUAA